CAGAAGACUAAAUAGAACUAGUACUGAACACACAUACAACAACAGGUAGAAGGGAAAAAAAGUUGAGCUUUUAUUACUCAAAUGGGUUUAUUUGGAAGAAAUUAUGUCUCUUGACGUGUGAAGACAAAUUUUCUGUGGAAUCUUUUCUUUCAGAAAAAGCUGAUGAUGGCAUUCACAGUUUCUAUUUCCAUUGUCACAUUACAACUAUGCGCACCUAUCGGAAAUUGGAAGUAGUGCGUACAAGGAAAUAAGAUCAUUAUUACACAUUGACGAGGAUUUCAAUUGUGGGUUCACGCUCGGAUUACUUCACCAUCAUUUCUCUUUGGCCGUAUUGACUCCUACACGGAGGCAAAACCCAGAUAAUCCCGCGUUGGGGGUCUUGGGAGAUGGAGGAGGCAUGCGAAGACUGCUUGAGUUUUGAUGAGUAUUCAUAUUGGACCUAUUUUAAGAGCCAGCGGUUCUCUCAGUUUCUACGUGGUGAUUUUGAUCAGCGCCUAGCAAUCCCUGAACAUUUUACUAGAAAUUUGAAGAGGAAGCUACCUGAAAGAGUGACUCUUAAAGGUCCUAGUGGCAUUGCAUGGAAUGUAGACACAAUGAUGAGUGAUAAUGUAAUGUUCUUCAGUCAUGGUUGGAAAGAUUUUGUAACGGAUCAUGUUUUGGAGGAAGAGGAUGUCUUGAUCUUCCAAUUAAAUGCAGAUUUAUCUUUUGAUGUCUUAAUGUUUGAUGGCCGGAGCUUGUGUGAGAAGGAAAAAUCGUAUUUUGUCCGGAAAUGUGGGCAUAAAAAACACGACAGUGGAUGCCAUAAGGAAGGAAAUGUUGGAGGAAGUUCUGCUGAAGUUGUUCAUCCAUUGCCACAGGAUGUCACUGGAGAUAAUCCCCAGCAAAAAAUUAUUUCUGAUGAUGUUGAUGCUAUACCAUGUGGACGUCCUUUUGUGCCCAAAGAUAUUGAUGCAAUACCAUUAGCACAUCCUUUUGUUCCUCAAGCUACUCGCAAAGAAUCACUGAAGCAAUGCCAAAUAAAAAGGAAAACUCCUGAAAGUUCAAAUCAAGUUGACCAUUCUCAGGUUAGUGGUGGAGGCAGAUCUCCACAAAAAUCUACAAAUACUGACUCUGAUUACAUACCCAAAGGUCAGUCUACUGUGCCCCAAGCUAAGAAUUCUAUGAAGGAGCGUCUGUUUAAUAGGCCCAGAAGUUCUAGGUGGAGUGUGAGAUACCGUAGACUUUCUCUUGUAGCAAGGGAGGCACGAGCCAAUGAUGGUAAUGCAAAUACACCCAUACUGAUUGAUGACAAUGCUCCUCAUACAUCAAUCAGUAAAAAGGCGAGGUACUAUGAAUCAAAUAGAAGGCCUAUUACUGGAGAAGAGAAGAAGAAUGCCUUGCGGUUAGCAGAAGCAGCUUUGACCCGUGAAGGUUUUAUGGUAGCAAUGAAACCCACACAUGUAUACAAGAAAUAUUUCAUGACAAUUCCUUCGUUUUGGAUGAAGCAGCAUUUGACUCUGGAGGAUCAAGGCAUCAUCUUACGUGUAAAAGACAAUACAUGGCACACCAAAUUCAGUUAUGUCAAGUCUCGUGGCUUUGGAGGUCUAGCUCGUGGAUGGAAGAACUUUGCUAUGGAUAAUAAUUUAGAAGAGUUUGAUGUAUGUGUGUUUGAACGCGGUAGCGACAUGAAUGAUUGCAUUCUCCUCGAUGUCAACAUCUUUCGCGUUGUGGAGGAAGUCCGUCCUUGAUCUCUGAGUAGAGGUUGAAGAUUAUCGCAUAAGAGAUGAACUUCUAUGAAGGAAGUGAAUGAAAGAACAUCCCAUCGACUCUCUUGGUACUCUGGACAUGAACACAUUGCCUGUUUUAACAUUAACAAAAUUAGAGAUAAGAACAACUUUGUUUUGUAAUUUUGAAUUGCGUUUGGGUGGGUGUGGUGCUGCUGUUGAAUUGUAUUUUGACCAAUACUUAUGCACACCUCUGUUUCAUUGUACUCUUAUUACCUGGA